ACACGAUGAAGGAGUUCUCUAAAGCGUUCCGCCACGAACUCAUUCCCAUUGUCGUCCAUCAUAAGCAACGAGAACACACAUCUCGCCUCAGCUGAAUAUUAAAAAGUUUUAUAAGCAGGUGGUGACAGCAGCAGAUCUCAGGUGACCUGGAAAUAAAGUCUUUCUGCGGCCAUGGCCCGGCGUAUAUCGCCUGCUUUCGCAUUUCUAUGUUGUUUUGCAUUAUCGCAUGUGUUUGAGGCUGAAGGCAGAUUUCGACACUCUGUGGCCCUCAACAGGCAAAAAAGAGAAUGGAUCGUCCCUCCCCAAGUCCUAGAGGAGAAUGUAGAUUACACCAAGAAAGAAUUCAUUGCAAAAAUUCGCUCAGAUAAGGAGAACUUCCAUGGGAAAAGUGUGAGGUACUCACUAAGGGGCGUUGGAGCAGACCAGGAGCCGUUUAACUUAUUUGUGGUCAAUCCUGAAACUGGAUAUGUGAGAAUAACAGGGAUCCUUGACAGAGAGUACAUCCAUCAGUACAAUCUUUCAGGGAAGGCCACAUUCGCAGAUGGCAGUGUUGCAGAGAAUGACAUUGGACUACGGAUAAAAGUUAAGGAUCAGAAUGAUAAUACUCCCGUCUUUGGUGCAAUGGUCGCUGGUUCUGUAGAUGAGCUCAGCCCACCAGGUACACAAGUAAUGAAGAUUGAUUGCUUUGAUGCUGAUGAGCUAGGAAACAUCAACUCUCAAAUUAAGUACGAGAUUGUUGGCCAGCAACCAGAUGGGCAACAAAUGUUUUCAGUUGACAGUGAAGGGAUAGUCCGUGUUAGCAGUCCUAACUUGGAUAGAGAGACCAUUGAUCAGUAUGUGGUGUUAAUCAAAGCCUCUGACCUGAAUGGUGCUCCAGGCGGCAAUGUUGCCACAGGGACAGUCACCAUCAAGAUCAAUGAUGUCAACGAUAACGUACCUACAUGGGAAGGCCCAUUUGAUGGCAGUAUUGAGGAGAACACACAGAGUGUGGAAGUGAUGAGAUUUAAGGCAACUGACCUGGAUCUUGUGGACACAGACAAUUGGGUAUCCAAGUGCAGUAUUGUUUCUGGCAAUGAGGCAGGAUACUUUAGCAUUCGCACUGACCCCAAGACCAAUGAGGCAAUCCUGAUGCUUGACAAGCCUGUAGAUUAUGAGGAUGUCAAAGACUUAAACCUUGGCAUCAGUGUAGUAAACGUGGCACAAUUCCACUCCUCUGUGACUGGAGGACAACAAGGAAUAAAUGUGAACUUUGGGGGCGGUGGUGGAGGUGGAGGCGGAGGAGGAGGAGGAGGAGGAGGAGGAGGAGGCGGAGGAGGAGGAGGUGGAGGAGGAGGAGGCGGAGGAGGAGGAGGAGGAGGAGGAGGAGGUGGUGGUGGAUCAUGGUGGUCAUCAUCAUCAUCAUCAUCAUCAUCAUCAUCAUCAAGCGGUCAGGUCUACAGUGUCAACAUAAAGGUGAAAAACCAGCCAGAGGGGCCCAAGUUCUUUCCCCUAACAAAGGCCAUCCCUAUCUCAGAGGAUGGUAAGACAUUUAAAAUCAAUGAGAUCAUCGCAAGGUACCCGGCCAUUGAUACAGACACAGGAAAGGAAGCUACGAAUGUAUGGUAUGCUAAAGGAUUUGACCCAGAUAACUGGCUCACCAUUGACGAAAAGACUGGAGCCAUUAAACUGAACAAAGCUCCUGACCGCGAGUCCAAGUAUCUAGUCAACGGAACUUACAUUGCCAAGAUUGUCAGCGUAAAUAAAGAUAUGCCUUCUAAGACGGCAACAGGUACCAUUGCCAUCCAAGUAGAGGAUUUUAAUGACCACUGUCCCACUUUGUCAAGCAAAGUCCAGACACUGUGCACUGACAAGGAUGCUAUCUUAGUCACUGCAGUGGAUGAAGACGCCCCACCCAAUGGAGCUCCAUUCACAUUCAGUGUCCCAGAAGAUACUAAGGGGAAGUGGACAAUUGAGCAUUUUAAUGAUACAACUGCCAUCUUUAGGGCCCACGAAAAGCUGUGGCCUGGACAAUACGAGCUUAUGGUAAAUGUGAAGGACCAGCAGGGGCUUGCAUGUCCAGAACCACAGAAGCUGCCAGUAGAAGUGUGUACUUGUACAGACCAGGGUGCUUGUGCCAGAAUAGGAACAGGUGGAACUAAGAAGGGCUCCAAGUUUGGACCUGCUGGAAUCGGCCUGCUGUUUCUGGGACUCCUUGCGUUAUUGCUCAUCCCGCUCCUGUUGCUUCUCUGUCAGUGUGGAACAGCUGGAAUGGCAGGAGCAUUCGCAAGGAUGCCCUUUGACACUAAAGAGCAUCUCAUCUCUUACCAUACCGAGGGCCAGGGAGAGGACAGGGAUGUUCCAAUUCUGGCCCCUGCAGCUGAGGUUGAUGGGCACAACGGCUUUGGGGCACAUAUGGGUGCAGGUGCUAGCCGUGGUGUGUUUGCUAUGCGUGGCGGUUCCAUGCAUGGUGGAGCAUUGGACUCAUCUUCCACAAUGGUUGGCCAUGGCUACAAUGAAAUGGAUAUUAGCCAUAUGGACUCGAUCAGGAGGAAUGGGACACAUGUGUUGAGAGAAAUGGGUGGAGAUUUUGACGGGAUGGCCGUAGCUGAUGUUUUCUUGGAUGAAUACUAUUCACAGAAAAGCCGGGGAAUGGAUGACGGAUUUGCGAAGAACGAUGCACAUGUGUACGAUUAUGAGGGGAAGGGCUCUCCUGUUGGCUCUGUAGGCUGCUGCAGCUUGCUCGAAGAUAACAAUGACUUAACCUUUCUCAAUGACCUUGGGCCAAAGUUCACCACUCUUGCUGAAAUAUGUGGAGGUAAAAGGUUGGCAACUGUGGAACCCACACCUCUUCCUCCCCCUCCCAAACCUGUUGUGGAGGCAGUGUCUACAUCAACCAACACUGUAAACAGUGGGAAUAUCGCCACUAACAGAGUUGUAUCUUCAAACAUGGUGAAUAUGGCUCCCAACGUUGCUUCAUCUUCAUCUACUCAUGUAGAGAACGUGCUAGUCACAGAAAGCCGCCCUGCAGUGAUUUCCAGUGUACAGCCAGCUCCAACACUUCUGGUUCAACAGCAGCCAAUGUACUACAUGGUUGAGCCACAGCACAGCACCGUAGUCCUUGCUGAAAGACCAACCAUGGGACUCGGACAGAGCAUGUACGUGCUGAACAACGCCAAUGUAGCUGAGGGGGUUGUAGUCCAGGGCACCAACGUUGCAGCGAAUGCUCUGAAUCGAGGUGAGAGAAUGGUGGUUCUAGACAGGGUUGGAUCUUCUCAAGCUCUCAAUACUGGGGUGCUGCAUACAGGUAAUUUGUCUGGAUCACAAGUGCUGCUGAUGGAUGGGGGUGCACACAGCGGUCAAGUCCUUCAAGGGACGUUAAAGAGAGGGGUAGCAGGAUCUCAGGGUCUGAUGAUCUUGGAAGGACAAGGGGGCCAGAUGAUACAUGGGUCCCUUAGAAGAGAUGUGCCCACUCAUGGAGGAUCUCAAAGUGUCCUUUAUGUAGAGAAUAAAGGAGGAUCUGGAGUUGUUCAGGGGACUCCUCAAAAGGGUAUGGCCUCCACUGCAGGGUCAGUUCAUGGUAACAUUGGAUCUAGUGGGGCAUCUGUCCAACUUAACCGAAAUCCAUCACAAAAAGUUGCUGUUCAAGAGAGAAAGGUUUUGACAUCACAAAGUAUCAAGUAACAAUGCAACCCUGGUACUUGUACAGUUGUAAAAGUGUUACAGAGAUUCGAAAAUUGUAAAUCUAUUCUUUUGAAAAACAAUUAUCUCCAAAAUGAUAAUUGCUUUAUGAAUGUUUGAGCUCAUGCAUGCAAAUGUUAGAGCACUAUCUUGUCAUCACAUAUUAGGUCAUGGAGAAAAUGUAAAAUAAUGCUUGCAAAACUGGUUUUCGAUGCCCUUAAGCUUUCCUCUCUCUAUGAGCAGUACAUACAUGCUAUAUGCAAAUGGAGAUGUUAUUUUUUUUGCAUAUUGGCUGCAUAUGACUGCGUUCAUUCCGUUCAUUGCGUUAUACUGUAUAAGACUGUAUUAGACUGUUAUUACAUAUCCAAAAGCUUGUUUGCCCUUAAGGCUAUUCCAGUGAAGUUUACGCAAACUUAGUAAUCUCAAAAUCUAUUUUAGUAAUAAGUAGACACAUGUAUAUCUUAUUAAGUGCAUAAAUGUAAGCAGAAAUCAGCCUAGUGGAGUCGCCCCAAUAGAUUGAAGGUCAGAUGGGUUUUUUUUUUGGUUCCAGAAAAUAUGUGAUAAAUGAAGAUUCAUAAAUAAAUUUUGGAAUCAAGUCAACUAGAAUGUAUGCUUUGGCAUGUCAUUAGGCUUUCUAAAAAUACCAUAUCUGUGUGCUAUAUUUAGCAGCAGUUGUAUGGCUUGCAUUUAUAUAGUAUUUUAAGACUUAUUUUGUUUGCUUAGUCGCACUGUGUGCAACCCUUGUAAUUCAUGAUAAGAGUAGGUCUAGUUGGAAGCUUGUAGUAUUUGUUUGCAUUGCAGUAGCCUUGAAUUACAUACAAAGACAAAACUCACAUUCCAAGCAAUAAUGCUGAUAAGUAUGACAUAAGUGUUCCUUUUUUAAAAUAAAUUAUAUAUUUUUUGAAAAUGCUUGAAUUUAAGAGUACAAUAGCUAACACACAUUUCCUUUCUAGUGCAAUAAGUAGGAAUUAAAUGCUAAAACUCUUAAUAGUUGUGGUGUUGGGCUCAAAGACAACUUUUUCUGUUGACAGCUGUUCUUAUUUGGUAAAAAUGGUUGUUUUUCCAUUUAUUUGUUUGUUAAAGGGUGUGGGCACUGGGUACCAGCUUUACCAGAAAUUGACUUAUUAGCUGCAUAGGGAAAGUACAAUAUAACUUUUGAUUGUGAGAUAUAAGCUUUUUUCAGUGGUCUUUUAAUUUGUUGUGCACAAUUACCAUAAUAAACAUAUUUUCUACUAAAAGGAGUGACAUAAGGCAGCAUAAGGCUGUUUAGAAUGAUUUUUUUUUAAUGUUACGUUUUGUAAAUGUUCCAUAUGUUUCAGAAAAUCCAAAAGACAAUAAAGUUUGUUAAAAUCA